AACGUGACCACCCAGUGGCAGUGCCUGUAUGAGUGGACCAUCUCUGGUUACUGUCAGGGUAAUGAAUACCGCUAGGGUAACAAGGUCAGCCACUGUCACCAAUCCGCUCCAGAGUUGGCAUCAGGCUCGUCACUGAGCCACUGUCACCAAUCGGCUUAGUGUUAGUGUUAGCACAAGGCUCGUCUGUAGCAGCCCGGCCACUGUCACCAGUCUCCGCUGGAGUUAGCGUCAGGAUCGUCACUGCCGGUGUGGGGAGUCAUUUGUGUGUAGUUUGUCCUGAAGACGACAUGGAGAUCAGCGCUGUUGUGUUCCUGCUGUGGACGAUAGCCUGUAGACUACCCGGUAAGGACCAGGACAACGGGUGUCUACGGGGCAACGCCAGAGUUGAAUCUGGUGCGCAUGCUCUUUGAGGAGCGGGGGUACAAUCCCACAAUCCGACCUGCGGAGUCCCCGGAUGAAGUGAUCACCGUCCAUUUUUACCUGAGUAUAUCUCAGUUGAUCAGCUUGAACGAGAAGGAGGAGACGAUGAAGACGAACGUGUGGCUGGGGCAGAGCUGGUACGACCCCCGCCUGGCGUGGAACAAGGCGGAGUACGAGAACAUGACUGUCAUCCGGGUCCCCGCCGAGGCCGUGUGGAAUCCAAACAUCGUCCUCUUUAACAACAAAGACGGUCAGUACGAAGUUGCCCUGUACACGAAGGUUCUGGUUUAUGAGGACGGAAAGGUGGAGUGGCUCCCGCCGGCCAUCUUCCAGAGUAACUGCGCCAUCGACGUGCGGCAGUUCCCGUUUGACCGGCAGAACUGCUCCAUGAAGUUCGGCUCGUGGACAUACAGUCCGGAGGAACUGGACAUCGUCCUUGACUACGACACCGCCACUACGGACGACUUCAAGGAGAGCGGCGAGUGGAAUAUCCUCAAGUCACCCUGCAGGAAAGUGGCUAACGAGAAGGAAGUGCGCGUGAUCUUCGACUUCAUCAUCCAGCGCAAACCGCUGUUCUACAUCAUCAAUCUGAUCAUCCCCUGCAUCCUGACGUCCUCUCUGUCCAUCCUGGUGUUCUACCUGCCGUCCGACUGUGGGGAGAAGAUCGGGCUGAACAUGGCUGUACUGCUCGCCAUGACUGUGUUCCUGCUGCUGAUCGCAGAUAUCAUCCCCUCCACCUCGUUGGACGUGCCCCUCAUCGGGAAAUAUCUGAUUUUCACGAUGAUUUUCGUUACCAUGACAACGGUUGCCACGGUGCUGAUUCUGAACGUGCACCAUCGCACGGCCAGCACCCACAAAAUGCCUGGAUGGAUCCGGUUUGUUUUUAUUCGGGUGUUGCCGCGGAUCCUGCGUUUGCAUCAGCCGGGGGAGGACGAGGAGGGGGCGGAGGAGCACAGUCACACGUGGGACCCCGACAUCGAUCUGUACGGCAAACCCACGGCCAACAACGGCGUCUUACAGGACGCCACGGGCAGGCCUUUCGGCAGGAUCGGCACGGGUUCGCCGGGAGGGAAGGAGGAGCGAACCGCCGGCAAGCUGCCCCCCGAGCUGUCCAAGGUCAUUAAAAACGUCAAGGUCGUGACAUACUUCUUCAAGGAUCUGGACGAGGAAACACAGAUCAACGACGAGUGGAAGUUUGUUGCCAUAGUGAUCGACCGACUCUGUCUGUGGCUGUUCCUUAUCGUCUGCGUGCUGACCACCCUGGGACUGUUCUAUGAGCCUUUGUUCCUCCCUGCAGAAGAAUGACAGUCGCGAGCAGGGCUUUUUAUUAGGGGGGGGGGUGCGUUUGGGGGUGGCGUAUCGCACAGGUGUCUAUUUCAUGAAAUGUCAGCAACUUUUAACUUUAAAAAAUGGAAUGAAUUAGCCAAAGAAAGAAUUUAGAUUUGCUAUCGAAACACGAAAUAAACACGUAGUGAUGUCCUCGUGCACGAUCUAUAUCGCCUAUGGAAGUCAAUAAUAUUGUAUUUUGAAGCGAUCGAAAUUUUGUAUUUAGUUUUAAGCAUGCACGGGUGUAGACUUCACAUUAAAUUCACAACGUGUUGGACUCUGUAAGCCUUUUGUGUAUGUGGUUACAAUAUGUACAGCUACCUGUAGAAAAGUUUCGCCCAGGCUAGGACUUCCUAAAAGAUAGCUAUAUCGCCAUGCAAAGAAACGAGAUAUUCUGGAUGAUGUCCAAAGUUGAACCUGACUCCUACAGCUGCCUGCCUUUUGGGCAGCAAUACAAGAACACCAAACCUGGUCGUGCUCCAAAAGACGUCUAGCAACGCCUUAUGUUUUGUCAGGGUUAGCCCUUAGUACAAUAGCCACAGUCUAGUUGGGAAAAUCUGGAGAACGAUUGUUUGAUGAUGAAAUGUUCAAUAAUAGGAGAAGGGUAUGUAUUUGGUGCGAAAGUGUAGAUUACGUACAUCAUACUAUCAUGUUGUUCACUAUGAUUAUAAGAUGUUGUCAAUCAGAUUGUUACAACCUAACAAAUAGAUCAAUACAUGAAUGACUCGUGGUUAAUGCCUGAUUUUGUUUACUAGUGUCGUAUAUUUAUCAGUAUUACAUAGAAAGGAGGAGAGUGCCGUUGA